AUGAAGUCGACACUGAGCAUGAAGAGCCAUGGCGUCCCGACAUUUGUGCAGAGCUUGUACACGAUGCUGGCGGUCGAGGACCCGACGGUGCUGGCGUGGACGCCCGACGGCCUCGCGUUUGAGAUCCGCGACCAAGACAAGCUCGCGACCUCGAUCUUGCCGCGCUACUUUCGCCACGCCAAGUACCCGUCGUUCCAGCGCCAGCUCAACUACUUUGGCUUCCGCAAGUGGUCCAAGCAGAAGGCGGUCGUGUGCACGUACGGCUGCCCGUUCUUCACGCGCGACGCGCCGCAGCUCCUCCCGCACGUCUCACGGCGGCCGCGCCAAGCGCCACCGUCGCCGCCGACGCCAGUGGCCAUCGAAAAGCGCCUCGGACUGCCCUCCAAGAUGGAGCUGCCGCCCACGGACGGCCUCGCGACCUUUUUGGACGUGGGCAUGGACGACCUCUGCUGGAUACUGACCGAGUAG